AUGAUGGAACGAGGCAAUGUCCAGAGAAUAGUGGUGUCUCCUUCUGGAGUUGCCAAUAUCUAUCCUUAUCAAGAUGGUUAUAUGCCCUUUACUCUGACUCUUUCAAUGACCGUGGACGAAUUCGUGAAGAGACUGAGAUCUCUCGAGGAUAUGUGGGGUAUAGAGGAGAAUGAUCGCAUUCCUAUCAUUACGUCAGAUAUACCUUUGGAUACGGGUUUACAGACGUGGAAAGUGGAGUUGUGUACAGCCCUACUAUUAAUGGCUACUGGAUUGUUAGCGUUUGCAAGUAAAAGAGUGGUUUCAUCAUACAACUUGGGGAAGACGGUGAAUGAUACUACUACGAAAAGUAUGCCACGCCAUCAUGAGGACUUUAAACCGAAUUCAUCCCAGAAGGAAUCGGGUUCAAAUGCAAAUGCUGAGAGUGAUCGUCCCUCUUUUCGUUCACCUUUCACAUGGGAUCCGUUUGGUGGUUUUAGUUCAGUUAAACCCACAACAUCAAGUGUAAAAUUUAAGGAUGUUGCUGGUCUUCAUGCGUGCAAGCAAGAAGUCAUGGAAUUUGUGUCCUACUUAAAAGAUCCUCGAAAGUACCAGGUAUUAGGAGCCAAGUUACCGAAAGGAGCACUUUUGCUUGGUCCUCCAGGAACUGGAAAGACUUUGCUUGUCAAAGCGUUGGCCAAUGAAGCUGAGGUCCCAUUCUUUUCAAUGGCUGGACCAGAGUUUGUGGAGGUUAUUGGUGGACUUGGAGCUCUUCGUUUACGACAGCUUUUUAAAAUUGCUCGUUCUCAGCCACCAGCUAUAAUAUUUAUAGAUGAACUUGACUCCCUUGGACGACGUCGUAGUUCUGUUGACAGCGGAAGACCUUUGGAUACGGGUUUACAGACGUGGAAAGUGGAGUUGUGUACAGCCCUACUAUUAAUGGCUACUGGAUUGUUAGCGUUUGCAAGUAAAAGAGUGGUUUCAUCAUACAACUUGGGGAAGACGGUGAAUGAUACUACUACGAAAAGUAUGCCACGCCAUCAUGAGGACUUUAAACCGAAUUCAUCCCAGAAGGAAUCGGGUUCAAAUGCAAAUGCUGAGAGUGAUCGUCCCUCUUUUCGUUCACCUUUCACAUGGGAUCCGUUUGGUGGUUUUAGUUCAGUUAAACCCACAACAUCAAGUGUAAAAUUUAAGUUGACUAUGUUAAGGUUCCCACUUGUGUCCUCAGCUAAUUUUUGUCUGUUGACAGAAUUUCUAUUUUGAUAUGUAUCUCGUGUAUAAUAUAUUUGUUGUUCAUCUGCCACAACUAUCUUUUUAAUCGGAGGUAUAACUGAUUGGCUUAGUUAAUCGGUUUUCCAUGAAUAGGUCUCGGGUAGGGACUCCAACAUACCUAUUUCGGUCUUGAGAAUGGGGCCUUUGCAUAAUUAAAUCUACACAUUGAAUACCUGGGG